GGGGGUAGAGGGCAGAUCGCAUGUGCAGGCCUGGCCACUGCCGCCUCCUCCUCCCCCCGGGGGCGAAGGGCAGCAGGCAGUCUAGGUCUGGACAAACGUGCGGACUUCAGCCAUGGCCGAGUCCGGGUUUGAGUCUCUGGAGCAGUGCUUGGGAAAACAUCUGCCACUCGCAGAACUGCAGGAGGUCAAACGCCUUCUCUAUGGCAAAGAGACCAGGAAGCUCGACCUGCCCGGCGCUGCUCUCGAGGCCGCCUCCAGAGGGGACUUCGAGCUGCAGGGCUAUGUGUUCGAGGCCGCCGCGGAGCAGCAGAGGAGGCCCCGGACUGUGCGUGUGGGGCUCGUUCAGAACAGGACCCCACUCCCUGCGGACACCCCCGUGGUGAAACAGGUCGCCGCCCUACACAGACGCAUGGAGGCCGUCGUGGAGGUGGCUGCCAUGUGUGGGGUCAACAUCAUCUGCUUCCAGGAGGCGUGGACGAUGCCCUUUGCUUUCUGUACGAGAGAGAAGCUUCCGUGGACGGAAUUUGCCGAGUCAGCGGAGGACGGGCCGACCAUCAAGUUCUGUCAGGAGCUGGCGAGGAAGCACGGCAUGGUGGUGGUGUCCCCUGUCCUGGAGCGAGACUCGGACCACGGGGACGUCCUGUGGAACACGGCCGUGGUCGUUGCCAGCUCCGGAGCGGUCCUGGGCAAAACGAGGAAGAACCACAUCCCCAGAGUGGGCGACUUCAACGAGUCCACAUACUACAUGGAGGGAAACCUGGGCCACCCCGUGUUCCAGACCCAGUUCGGGCGGAUCGCUGUCAACAUCUGCUACGGGCGGCACCACCCCCUCAACUGGCUGAUGUACAGCCUCAACGGGGCCGAGAUCAUCUUCAACCCCUCCGCCACCAUCGGAGCGCUCAGUGAGUCCCUGUGGCCCAUUGAGGCCAGGAACGCAGCCAUCGCCAACCACUGCUUCACCUGCGCCAUCAACCGCGUGGGCCAGGGGAUCUUCCCAGCCCAGGAAUCGAACCCGCAUCUCUCACGUCUCCCGGCGUCUGCAGGAGGGGUCUUCACUCCUAGUGCCAAGUGUCUCUUACCUUGGUUUUAUUUCCCAGGAGCACUUCCCAAACGAGUUCACCUCUGGGGAUGGCAAGAAAGGCCUUGCGGUUGCUGCCCCGCAGCUCACCAGGACUUCGGCUACUUUUACGGCUCGAGCUACGUGGCGGCCCCGGACGGCAGCCGCACCCCCGGGCUCUCCCGCACCCGGGAUGGGCUCCUGGUCGCCGAGCUGGACCUCAACCUCUGCCGGCAGGUGAACGACAUCUGGGGCUUCAAGAUGACGGGCAGAUACGAGAUGUACGCUCGGGAACUUGCCGAAGCUGUCAAACCCGACUACACCCCCAAGAUUGUGAAAGAGUAGCGGCCGGCCCUCAGCCCCCGCCCGCCGCUCUUCCCGCAGCAGAUGGGCCGGGGCGCCAGGCUCUGCAGUGCCUGGCUUCUCCCUGCUGACUCCCCGACGGCGCUGCUGUCCGGGCUGGUUUUAAGAGUGCCCCGGGCGGGCGGGGAGGUUGGUCAGGUGAGGCGGGCUGGCACACGAGCACCGGGUUUCCUUCUGGGGAUGAAAAUGUUUGGGGGCUGGGUGAAGAUGAAUUUGGUCACUCUGGUCACUUUGAGGUGGUUAAACUUUGUUGGGUGAGUUAUAGAAAUUCAAUUAAAAGGUGAUCCCAGGCA